AUGGGAUCACUGAAAAGGCCGAGAGUCAAAAUCGAGGUAGAGAUUGAAACUGUUUCUAAAUACUUCAAACAAGAGCAAAAGGAUGGAUUAGUAAAACGUGAGAACGAACACGGACUUGGGAUUCAGGAUGUCGAUAUUGAUUCUAUAAAGAGAAUGGGCGCCCGGGAAUAUUUCAAGUACAUUAAUAGAUUUACGAAAGAUGAUAUAUCUGGUGAAAAGUUGAAGAUAGAGGAUAAUCCAAAUAUCCCUGCGAAUUUUAUACCAAUUUAUUCCCAAGUCAGGCUAAUGAGAUCAUUGAUUAAGACGCCUGUGGAUAGCGUUGGGUGUGCAAUGUUACCAAUAACAAUUAACAGUACUUUUGGAAUAGAGCAGGAAAAGAUGAAGCCAAAAAACUACAGAUUGCAGCUCCUGAUAUCGUUAAUGUUGUCUUCGCAAACGAAGGACGAAACGAAUGCCAAGGCCAUGCAUAACUUAAUGGAGUAUUGUAUUGAAGAAUUGGGUGAUCCAGAAGGCAUAACAUUGGACGCAUUACUUAAAUGUGACGAAAAAAAUCUUGAUAAUGAAAUACAUAGUGUGGGUUUCCACACAAGAAAGGCAUCCUAUAUAAAAAAGGCAGCAGUCAUGCUUCGAGACCAGUUUGAUGGGGACGUUCCAACUACUAUUGAGGGAUUUAUCUCACUUCCAGGUGUAGGGCCUAAAAUGGGAUAUUUGGCUUUACAAAAAUCUUGGGCUAAGAUUGAUGGUAUUGGUGUUGAUGUUCAUGUUGAUAGACUAGCCAAAAUGUGGGGAUGGGUUGAUUCGAAAUUAUGUAAGACUCCAGAGCACACAAGGAAACAGUUAGAGACGUGGCUACCGAAAUCCUUAUGGUAUGAAAUUAAUCCAGUAUUAGUUGGUUUUGGCCAAGUAUUGUGUAUGCCAAGGGGUAAAAAGUGUAACCUAUGUUUGGUCAAGGACAUAUGUCCGGGGGUUGAUAAAAAGCUUUUAAAACGAAUUAAGGAAACGCAACUUGAUGAUGAUCCUGUCAAGGACAGUAUUCGUGGUGACUACUCUGAGUUGGUAUCAUUCUUAAAGGAACAAAAAAAACAAAGUAAGGAGGAGUAG